AUGUGCGGCGCCGAUCACAAGCCAAGCUACCAUCGAGAGUUGAACCUUCUCCUUGUAGCCAAUCUGCAUCGAAAUCAUCGUCCUACCAAGCUUCUGUUUUCAACGAGAAUGAAGGCAUCGACAUUGCGCCUAUGCACACACGUCGAAGAAGAGAGGUCGGCUUUCCUGGUGAACCACGACAAUAAAAAAGUGGGUGGCACCAAUACCAGGUCUCCCGUGCCUGACUGGCUUGUACGAAAUCGAGAAUUCGCCAAGAUAGAGGCCAAUCAUUUCAGGCUUGAUCUCGACUGGAUUGAAAGUUUUGCCAUUGUACACUCCAAGUACGCUACCAAUCAUCUCCGGCACAAUUAUCAUGUUCCUAAGGUGAGUCCUCACCAGUGCAGGUUUCUCGCCAGCUGGAGCCUCACUUUACCUUCUUCUGGCACGGGCACUGAAGAGCUUGACGAGCUCAUCAGUGGACAUAUCAAGGAGAGCAUCGAGGUCGACUCCCCUGAAGCUGAACUUCUUGAACGUCCUCUUCUUCGGCUGCCCCGCCGCCAACGCGGUCUCGACAUCCGCCUGAAAACACACGAAAAACGCACACUGUAA